AUGACCGGCUUUGACUUCUCCAACUACAACCGCAACGCGGCUCUCCACGCCAAGGGAGUGCCUCUACCUAAGGCUACAAGUACAGGUACCACUAUUGUGGGCUGUAUAUUUGACAAUGGUGUUGUGAUUGCGGCAGAUACCAGAGCUACUAGCGGACCCAUCGUAGCAGACAAGAAUUGCGAGAAAUUACACUAUAUUUCGCCCAAGAUCUGGUGUGCUGGUGCUGGUACAGCUGCAGACACGGAGUUCACCACCGCCCUGAUUAGUUCCAACGUCGAGCUGCACUCCCUCUCGACCGGCCGGGACCCUCGAGUAAUCACUUGCAUGACCAUGUUGAAGCAACACCUCUUCCGCUACCAGGGACACAUUGGUGCGUAUCUGGUGGUUGCCGGUGUUGACCCAACUGGCACCGGUCUGUACACAGUCCACGCCCACGGUUCGACAGAUAAGCUUCCGUAUGUGACUAUGGGUUCUGGAUCGUUGGCGGCCAUGUCCGUUUUUGAGUCUACGUGGAAGGCAAACCUGAACCGCGAGGAAGCGGUUGAACUCUGUGCUGAGGCGAUCAAGGCUGGUAUUUUCAACGACCUGGGAUCGGGUAGCAAUGUCGACGUGUGUGUCAUCGAGAAGGACAAACCCACGCAACUCCUGCGCAACUACAUCAAGCCCAAUGAGCGUGGUGAGAAGGAACGCAAUUACCGCUUCCCCAGAGGCACGACGGCCUAUUUGAACCAGAAGGUUAUCAGCAAGGAGGAUAUGAGGAAAUAUGUUACUGUGGAAGAGGUCUCCGGUGACCCUAACCUAAUGGAGGUGGACUCGUGA